AUGAAGCCGUCCUUUUUCAGCUCCGCCCUUGCUGGCGUUGCUCUUGCCUCUGGCGCUGCCGCCAAGCUGAAAUGGUUUGGUAUCAACCAGAGUGUUGCUGAGUUUGGAUCUGGUGUGUAUCCGGGUGUCUGGGGAACCAACUUCUACUUUCCCUCGACCUCGUCCAUCGGUACAUUGAUUGGCGAGGGUUACAACAUUUUCCGUGUUGCCUUCUCCAUGGAACGUCUUGUCCCCAACACACUCACUGGCAGUGCCGAUGCUGCUUACCUGGCCAACUUGACCAGCACCAUCAACUACAUCACAAGCAAUGGCGCUUACGCCGUGCUUGACCCGCACAACUUUGGUCGCUACUACUCCAACAUCAUUACCGAUGUAAGCGGCUUUGGCUCAUUCUGGACCACUGUUGCCACGGCCUUCAAGGACAAUGCCAAUGUCAUCUUUGAUACCAACAACGAGUACCACGACAUGGACCAGACUCUCGUCUUGAACCUUAACCAGGCCGCCAUCAACGCCAUCCGCGGCGCCGGCGCCACCAGCCAGUACAUCUUUGCCGAGGGCAACUCGUACUCGGGUGCCUAUGUCUGGAACACGACCAACACCAACCUGGCGGCACUGACAGACUCGUCCAACAAGCUCAUCUACGAGAUGCACCAGUACCUGGACUCUGACAACUCGGGCACGUCGGACGUGUGCGUGUCGACCACGAUUGGUGUCGACCGCGUCAUUGGCGCCACCGAGUGGCUGCGCGAGAACGGCAAGCUGGGCGUCUUGGGAGAGUUCGCCGGUGGCGCAAACUCGCAGUGCCAGACGGCCAUCAAGGGCCUCCUCGACCACCUCCAGGACAAUAGCGACGUCUGGCAGGGCGCCCUCUGGUGGGCUGGCGGUCCCUGGUGGGGUGACUACAUCUACAGCUUCGAGCCCCCGAGCGGUACUGCCUACAAGUACUACGACUCGCUUCUGCAGACCUACACGCCAUAA